AUGUCCACCAACACCAACACUUCGACCAACCACCCCAACCCAACAUCCCCACCGCCCACCACCACCCCCACCACCAUGAAAGCAAUCCUCAUCUCCGCCCCCGGCCCCCCCUCCACCCUCCAAAUCCACCCCGCCAUCCCCCUCCCCCACCCCUCCCCCGGCAGCGUACGCAUCCGCAUCCGCGCCUUUGGCGUCAACCACGCCGAGAUGCACAUGCGCCGCGGCGAGUGGGCCGAGUCGGUGCCCAUCAGCGGCAUCGAGUGUGUCGGCACCGUGGACGCCUGUCCCGGGGGGGAACUGGAGUUGGGGGUGGCCGUGGCGGCGGUCAUGGGCGGGAUGGGGAGGACGAGGUCGGGGAGUUAUGCGGAAUAUACGGUUGUGGGGGUGGGGAAUGUGGUGCUGCUGGGGGAGGGUGGUGAGGGUGGUGGUGGUGGUGGUGAGGGCGGUGGUGAUGGGGGGCUGGGCAAGCCACCGCUGCUGUCGUGGGCGGAGCUGGCGGCGCUGCCGGAGUCGUAUUGUACUGCGUGGACGUGCUUGUUUCGGAAUCUGGCGCUGCAGCGCGGGCAGCGGUUGUUGAUCCGUGGGGCGACGUCCGCGUUUGGGCGGGCGGCGGUUAACUUGGCGGUUGAGGCGGGCGCGGUGGUGACGGGUACGACGAGGAGUGAGGCUAGGUUUGCGGAGUUGAGGGCGUUAGGGGUUGCGGAGGUGGUGUUGGAGGGUCCUGGGCUGCCGGAGAGGCUGGGGGAGAGUGGGAAGGCGUGGGAGAAGUUUGAUCGGGUGCUGGAGCUCGUUGGGAAUAGCACCGUGGUGGAGUCGUUGACGUUGGUUAAGAGGGAUGGGAGGGUCUGUUUGGCUGGAUGGCUUGGGGGGUUGGAUCCUAUCAAGGACUUCAACCCGCUGUUGCAGAUGGCUAGCGGAGUGCACUUGAACUUCUUUGGGAGCUUUGUGUUCGGGACCCCCGAGUUUCCGUUGUCAGGCGUCCCGCUGAACAGUAUCGUGCAGGCUGUGGCGGAUGGUAGGUUUGACGCAAAGCCGUUCAAGGUGUUUAGAUUCGACGAAAUUCAGGAAGCUCACAGGUACAUGGAGGAUGGGCGUGCAGGAGGGAAGAUGGUUGUGGUUGUGGAUUAG